AUGGCAAACGCCAUGGGACUGCUGCUAGGUCCGGUGUCGAGUGCCUUGAGUUCUCGGUUCUCCUGCCGGACGAUGGUGAUCGUCGGCGACGUCUUGACGUCGGCCGGCUGGGCACUGACUGGUCUUAUGCCGAGACUGGAAUAUAUGUUUCUUACAUACGGCUUACUAGCUGGUAUCGGUAAGUCGUUGGCGUAUACGCCGUCAAUCAUCAUCCUUGGGCAGUGGUUCCACAGGCGGCACUCCAUCGCCACGGGGAUCGCGGUUGCCGGCGCCGGUAUUGGCACCUUCGCGUUUGCACCGCUCCUUGAGAUGCUCUUCAAACAUGUUAAAUUUAAAUACACACUGUUUAUAAUGGCGGGUGUAAUGGUGAAUAUCAGUAUUUGUGGGUUGUUCUUCAGAGAUGUGCCUAAUGACAAGAAAGCGUUCACAGUUGAUGAGGAUAAGAAAGGUAGAAAUGAGAGUGAUUAUUGUGAUGAACAAGACGUGCAGAGGAAGAACGCAAAUGAACAAAUUAGAAAUGAGAGUGAUUAUUGUGAUGAGCAAGACAUGCAGACAAAGAACGCAAAUGAACAAAGUCGAAAUGAGAGUGAUAAUUGUGAUGAACAAGACAAGCAGAGAAAGAUAAAAAAUGAACAAUGUCGAAAUGAGAGUGAUUAUUGUGAUGAACAAGACAUGCAGGGAAAAACCAGAAAUGAACAAUGUCGAAAUGAGUGUGUCUUUUGUGAUGAACAAGACAAGCAGAGAAAGAUCACAAAUGAACAAUGUCGAAAUGAGAGUGACUUUUGUGAUGAACAAGACAAGCAGAGAAAGAUCACAGAUGAACAAUGUCGAAAUGAGAGUGACUAUUGUGAUGAGCAAGACAUGCAGACAAAGAACGCAAAUGAACAAAGUCGAAAUGAGAGUGACUAUUGUGAUGAACAAGACAAGCAGAGAAAGAUCACAAAUGGACAAUGUCGAAAUGAGAGUGAUUAUUGUGAUGAGCAAGACAUGCAGACAAAGAACGCAAAUGAACAAUGUCGAAAUGAGAGUGACUAUUGUGAUGAACAAGACAAGCAGAGAAAGAUCACAAAUGGACAAUGUCGAAAUGAGAGUGAUUAUUGUUAUGAACAAGACAUGCAGCGAAAGAAUGCAAAUGACACCCGCUACGAACAAUCCUCUGGAAACUCGACAUUCGUACAGAAGGGGUUCCGCGAAUAUUUGGACUACACCCUGUUGAAGAGACCAUUGUUUCUUUGCUUCGGCAUAUCCGUCAUGUUGGCGACAUGCGGCCAUUCACCCGCCACCGUAAUGCUCCCGCCGCUAGCCAUAGAGCAUCACGUGACUCCACAAAGGGCCGCCUUUCUUCUCUCAGUUACCGGGAUAGCAGACAUUGUUGGGCGGCUCGCUUUCGGUUUCCUCUGUGAUAUCGAUAUACUGCGAAAUAACAGGCACAUGGCAUCUAUAUUCAUCAACGGUAUUGCAAAUUUAACUUGUGGGUUUUCCACACAGUGCUGGCAAUUUGUGACCUACUCUGUGAUAAUUGGGCUCUUCGCGGGUUUCUUCAACGCCCUCACCCCCGUGAUUCUGGUAGACCUGCUCGAGAGUGGCAAACUAACCAGUUCAUUCGGCCUGGCCCUCCAUUUUCAGGGGACGGGUUUUCAGCUCGGAUCGCCAAUGGCAGGGUGGAUAAGGGACGCGUUAGGAAACUAUCAAUCAGCAUUUCAUUUUGCGGGCAUUUCCUUGAUUGCAAGUUCAUUUGUGAUGGGACUUUCCACAUUCUGUGUUUGUAAAAGAAAGAAGAAACAUACAAAAGAUGUGGAAAUAUUUUCCGAACCUUCUGGCAAGGUUCAACUAGUCGGAGUAUUCAAUGUUGGUUUUACAGCAGUUGCUGAUGAGAACAGUUCAAAGGUCAACCUGUAA